GAAUCGUAUACGGUCUCAGUAACACAGCAGGGGCUUCAUGGUAAAGUUUUGACAAGAAAGCAACGAUCUCUUUGCUGCUACCGAGAAUAACCGAGUUCCUUAGGUACCGCGGAGUGUUUAUAUCGUCGAUUCGGGCCACGGAGGUGUUCUGCGCUUCGUCAACCGAAGAGUUUACGAAGCGGUACCGAUUCACCUUCUCCUGUGUUUAACACCUUCUACUAAAGAAGCACGUGCCUCUUUGUUCUCCAAAAAAAGUACUUUUGUUUCUUCACGUGUGUAUUUCAGAUGUACAUAUAUAUAUAUAUAUAUAUAUACAUGUAUACGGUAUUUUGGAUGAACAAAACGAAAUAUCAAAUUAAGCACAAGUAAGAAGUGCUUAUUGUGUAUUCUAGUAAAAUGGAAUUUAAUCCUCCGUAAUGUCGUAAUGUUACAUAUUCAUGUAUUUACGGAGUGUAUCAUGUAUUUAAAGACUUUAUUUUCUCUGCUUAAUUGCUUCACUACUGCGAUGAAUUUAUAUUCACUAUAUAACGCACUAAAUGAUUUGUUUGUAACAAUCAUUUAGUUCCCAGAUUUUUAAUUGGAGUAAAGAAUAUACACAAUUAUAUAUAAUGAUAUUUCAAUAUAUAAUUAUUUUUCGAAAGAAGGAAUAUUACAAUCUAUUUACAAUUAUCGUUUAAUUAUUUUAUGUUUAUCUAAGUCAAGUGUUUUUAAUGCAUUACUUACAAAGCGAUCUGAUAGAUGUUGCUAGAACAAUCAUAAAUUUGAAGCUUAGUACUAGCAAAAUUUGUUGAUUGUUUGUUGGAAUGAAAGCGAUGCUGUAUUAUAUCUACGUAGACACGCAUUACUAAAAAAAAAAAAAAAAAACAGUACGUAUUUUAGAAUUCUAGGACACGACUUUAUAUAUUUCUACAAUUUUAGUAGACUUUUUAUAUUGUUUCAUAAAUAAAGUUUAUAUUUUAGAUUAAUGAGCUCAGAAUGAGAGUAACAAGUUAUCAAAAAAUACUACCAAAACCCAAAAUAGUUUUGAAAAGUCGAUUUGAAUUUUUAAAAAUAUGUAAUAUUAAUUUUUUUUUUAAUAUUCAAUUUACUGAAUAUAUGCGAUAUAUUUAACAUAAUUCAAUUUCAUUUAACUAGGUAUCAAUAUGCAAUUUCUUGACGAAUUGGGGACAAGAGGUCUACAACAUACAAAACAUUUACAACAUACAAUGUCAGCAGUAUGCAGUUAUCAAUGCAGCUAAACGAUGGGAUCAUUGUCAGAUAAAAAUGCCGCAAAUAUUUAGUCUCAAUUAGUCGUCGCGCGACUAUUUGUUUAUUUAAUACUCAGCAAAAUGAUCUGCUAAGAAAUGGUACUGAAAUGACUAACAAAGAUAAAUUGAAGAUCAUACGUUAUCACACGUAUUAGAUCAUACGUAUAUACAAGUCAAUGAAAAUUAAUUAAUUAAUCUUUUUAAAGCACGAUUUAGGGGAAGUUUGUUCACAAAUUUCAAAUCUUUCAUUUGCAUAAUUUUUCUCAGAAAUAAGGGACAAAUGUCGGCGGAUGCAGAAGAAUUCUCUUCCAAGUAAACGUAUUAGCCAACGCUUUCUCAGAGACUAAAAUGUAGAUCAAGUACCGGCGGGCGCCAGGAAAUUCAAGAAACUCGAAACCAUCACCACUGGGACAAUGCUUUCUCAGCACAACUAAGGGAAACACAUCUUCCAGGGACUUCUUCCAUCUUCAAAGGACGAUUAGACACGGAUGAGAUUAUAUAUUGUUAUUCUUGACUUGGAUUAUUCAACACGUAAAAUUCGAUACCCAAAUCGGUGAGGGUGAUUCCUGCUUCAACUCGAGGGCCCACAUAUGUUGCGGCCAGCCAGUUCGUCCUUUACUUUUCGACGAUUCCUCGGAUCCGAAACCGGACGCCUGCUGUAAAUACGACUCGUUCUGCAAUGAAAAAUCGAACAUGCAUACAAACAACGUCUAUUAUAAUAUAUAUAUGAUGUUUAAAUUAUAUUUAUAUUUUUUAUUAUCAUACAGAUGUACAUACACCUUCACGUUACUAUAUUACACUUUUAUACUGCGUUUCAUGUAUGUGAAUUGUAUUUAUCUAAAGUUUGAAUGUUUGUAAUUUUUCCUCGUGUAAUUCUUUUCUUUUCCUUUGUAGUGAUGAUGGGUGAAUUAAAGGUCGAUGAUCUUGGAAGUAAAGAAGAUCUUUAGGUGAAUCGAAAAAUCACAGGAAAUAGAAAAAAAAAAACCACAAAACUACAGAGUGGCAAACAAUAUCUCUGAAAUUUAAGUUACGAAAACAAUCCAAACUAUGAUAGUUAAAUAUUUUCUUUCCCGCGAAAGGUUUCUUUCUAAACUUAA